UAAUUAAAUUUUGUGUCAGGAAGUGAUAUUUUACGAAAUUUCUGGUCCGUAUUGAAAAAUGAAAAAUCCCAUUAAUUCACUGCACGGUGUAGACGGCCGCUUAGGUUCGUGGUAGAGUCGUGAGCGGCGGAGACCGGCCCUGAAAACGGAGUCCGGUUAAUCCGUUUUCCGUUCAAUUCCAACCUUCGAAUCAAUCCCAACCCUAAACCCAAAUCCGUAACCACCAGUUCAAAAUCCCUUUUCAGAAAUGAACAGUCAAGAACAUCCCCAAUCCUUCCUCAAUUACUGGGGCAACAUCCCCGAAGAAGAUUAUUUCACAUCUCAACGAAUCAAAGCCUCCAAGUCCUUCUACACUUCCCCUCGCGGUCUCAAGCUCUUCACUCGUUCAUGGCUUCCUCUUCCUCCGACCCCUCCUCGCGCUCUCAUCUUCAUGGUCCAUGGCUAUGGCAACAACAUCAGCUGGACCUUCCAAGCCACUUCCAUCUUCCUUGCUCAGAUGGGUUUCGCUUGUUUUGCUCUUGACCUUGAAGGCCAUGGCAGAUCUCAAGGUCUCAAGGCUUUCGUUCCCAAUGUUGACUCUGUCGUUCACGAUUGUCUCUCCUUCUUCAAUUUCCUCAAACUCGACCCCCAAUUUCAAGGUCUACCCUGUUUCCUCUACGGUGAGUCAAUGGGCGGUGCGAUUUGUUUGAUGAUUCAUUUCGCUGAUCCAAAAGGGUUUGAUGGUGCUGUUCUCGUCGCACCCAUGUGUAAAAUCUCUGAUAAUGUGAAACCCCAUUGGCCGAUUCCUCAAUUUCUUACGGCGGUUGCGAAAUUUCUUCCCACUUUGGCGAUUGUUCCGACGGCGGAUUUGUUGGAUAAAUCGGUGAAGGUGGAAGAGAAGAAGAUUGUGGCGGAGAUGAAUCCGAUGAGGUAUAGAGGAAAACCCAGAUUAGGAACUGUCGUGGAGCUUCUUAGAGUGACAGAGCACUUGAGUCAAAGGUUGAAGGAUGUGAGUUUGCCAUUCAUCGUCCUCCAUGGAAAUGCGGAUGUAGUUACAGAUCCGGAUGUGAGCAAGACUUUGUACGAAGAAGCGAAGAGUGAGGACAAAACGAUUAAGAUUUAUGAAGGAAUGAUGCAUUCUAUGUUGUAUGGGGAAACUGAUGAGAAUGUAGAAAUUGUUCGAAACGAUAUUCUUCGUUGGUUGAAUGAAAGAUGCAGAACAGGAUAAAUGUUGAUGCUGAUGAUGAUGAUUGGAAUUAGUUGCAUUAGUGCAUUUGAAAUUGUUUGGUUAUUUGAAUUAUGUAAUACUUUUUUGGGUUUUGUGCAUAUCCAUAGUUCUUUUGCUUGUGGUUUUGAUAAAAGGAGAUUUUUUUUUUU